AUGCGACUUCGACCGUCGCCUACACAACGUUCUCAGACUGAAUCCCCGCCUACGCGCUCUAUCUAUCGACCACAUCCUCGCAUAUUUAAGGUUUCGCUUGUGGUAUUCGUUUUCUCGCUGCUCGCGUGUGCGGCAGCGAGUGGACUGUCGUCUAGUCAGCAGCCUUGCUCAUUUAGGUCAGAAAUACAACAACAUGUGUCAAAACGACUCAAUUCAUCCAAAUCAUCUUCGAUGGAGCAAUGUAUCAUCUGGGGUGAAGACAGCCCCCAAGAACUAUGUUCGGUUGAACCGAACCAACGCGUACGCAAACUCCGAUCCACUUUCCUCUUUUCUCAGAUUCAGCCUCUGUCUUUAUAUGAGGUUCUGGCGGCUGGCUCACGAGAUGGUCGUUUACAAAGUGGUCUCCGUGUUGGUGAAAAUGGUGUGGAUUGUGUCACUGGGCGUGAUACCGUUUGUCUCCGAUGUUUUCAACAUUUGGCUAAUGGCUUGCGUCGUUUGGAUGAAGCUUACCAAUCAUUUGAUCAAGCUCUCCAAAGAUUUGACUGUAUGCCGGCCGUUGACACAGCAAGCGCCACGAGACCAUUUUCACCAAAUGGUUCCUGUAACACAUGUCGGUCAUGGUAUCGACGUUGGUUACUUGUACAAACCAUUAAUAUGUGGAUAUCGCCACCGUGCGUCAAUUGGUGUUAUUAUGCUCAACUGGCUUGUCCACAUCUGGCCACCUCCAAAGUGGUUGACUACGCCGGACACCCCUCUUUCCAAUGCCGAGAUCUUGAGAUACCUUCACGAGAGCAUUCCGAAUCUCGCUGUGAAUGCGUUCAUCCCUGUGACUUGCGUGGAAUGGUUCCAAACGCGGAUGAGGAGGGCACGGGCGUACGACGGUCGGGGAGACGAUCAGCUAAAGACCACGAGUUUGGUCUGCACGAUUUCUAUGCCUCACAGUCCCACUGUCGAGCUCGCGAUCGCGAAUGCGGCCGCUUAAGGACAACGGGCGAUCGAACGACAGCACAUGAUAGGCGACAGCAGCGGCUCAAGACGCCGGCCAGCGGCGUAACAUCAUCUGCGGCUUCUAGCACAUCGUCCACAUGGUCAUGGCCGUCCAUACCGGUGGCCAAGUCCGUUGUAACUUCCAUGGGUAGUGGCAGCGGGUUUAGGCUUGUCGAUACUGUUGUCCGGCUGCCAACCGCCGGUCUUCUUGCUGCCUUUUGUUGUUUUCUUAUCAAUGCUGUGAUAUAA